CGCCAUCCCGGGCGGGGGUCACCUGUCUCCGCCGCUGUCCCUCCCCGGGCUCGGGCGGGCGGGGCGCGACCCGGAGGCGGACGGUGCAGCCCGAGCAGCUGCCGCCGUCGCCCCGUUGCCCAAGGAACGUAACUCGAGUAUGUCAGGUUUGGAGAUCCCACCUGCUUUUUAACCAUGAAGGAGACAGACCGGGAGGCUGUGGCAACAGCCGUCCAAAGGGUUGCUGGGAUGCUUCAGCGCCCGGACCAGCUGGACAAAGUGGAGCAGUAUCGCAGAAGAGAGGCCCGGAAAAAGGCCUCCGUGGAGGCCAGAUUGAAGGCAGCUAUCCAGUCUCAGUUAGAUGGGGUGCGCACAGGCCUGAGCCAGCUCCACAAUGCACUGAACGACGUGAAGGACAUCCAGCGGUCCCUGGCCGAUGUCAGCAAGGACUGGAGGCAGGGCAUCAACACCAUCGAGAGCCUCAAGGACGUGAAGGAUGCUGUGGUGCGGCACAGCCAGCUCGCUGCUGCUGUGGAGAACCUCAAGAACAUUUUCUCAGUGCCAGAGAUUGUGAGGGAAACCCAGGACCUCAUAGAGCAAGGGGCGCUCCUGCAGGCCCACCGGAAGCUGAUGGACCUGGAGUGCUCCCGAGACGGGCUGAUGUACGAGCAGUACCGUAUGGACAGUGGGAACACUCGUGACAUGUCCCUCAUCAACAGCUAUUUUGGGAGCACACAGGGACUCUCUGACGAACUGGCGAAGCAGCUGUGGAUGGUGCUACAGAGGUCGCUGGUCACCGUCCGCCGUGACCCCACCUUGCUGGUGUCCGUUGUCAGGAUCAUUGAACGGGAAGAAAAGAUUGACAGGCGCAUACUUGACCGAAAAAAGCAAACUAGCUUUGUUCCUCCGGGGAGGCCCAAGAAUUGGAAGGAGAAUAUGUUUAAAAUCUUGGACAAAACUGUAAUUACCAGAAUCGAGGGCACACAGGCUGACACCAGGGAGUCUGACAAGAUGUGGCUCGUUCGCCACCUAGAAAUCAUAAGGAAGUACGUCCUAGAUGACCUCAUCGUUGCAAAAAACCUGAUGGUUCAGUGUUUUCCUCCCCAUUAUGAGAUUUUCAGGAAUCUCUUGAGCAUGUACCACCAGGCCCUGACAAUACGGAUGCAGGAGCUUGCAUCGGAAGACCUAGAAGCAAAUGAGAUUGUGAGCCUGCUGACUUGGGUUUUAAAUACCUACACGAGCACAGAGAUGAUGGGAAAUGUGGAGCUGGCCCCGGAAGUGGAUGUCAGCACCCUGGAGCCUUUGCUUUCUCCAAAUGUGGUCUCUGAGCUCCUGGACACAUACAUGUCAACUCUCACUUCAAACAUCAUUGCUUGGUUGCGGAAAGCUCUAGAAACAGACAAGAAAGACUGGAUAAAAGAGACUGAACCUGAAGCCGACCAAGAUGGGUACUACCAGACAACACUCCCGGCCAUUGUCUUCCAGAUGUUCGAACAGAAUCUUCAGGUUGCUGCUCAGAUAAGUGAAGAUUUGAAAACAAAGGUACUAGUUUUGUGUCUUCAGCAAAUGAAUUCUUUCUUAAGUAGAUACAAAGACGAAGCUCAGUUGUACAAAGAGGAGCACCUGAGAAACCGGCAGCACCCGCACUGCUACGUCCAGUACAUGAUCGCCAUCAUCAACAACUGCCAGACCUUCAAAGAAUCCAUAGUCAGUUUAAAGAGAAAGUAUUUAAAAAAUGAAGUGGAAGAAGGCGUGUCUCUGAGCCAGCCAAGCAUGGACGGGAUUCUGGAUGCCAUCGCCAAGGAGGGCUGCAGCAGCCUACUGGAGGAGGUCUUCCUGGACCUGGAGCAACAUCUCAGUGAGCUGAUGACAAGAAAAUGGCUGUUGGGAUCGAACGCUGUAGACAUCAUCUGUGUCACCGUGGAAGACUAUUUCAAUGAUUUUGCCAAAAUUAAAAAGCCGUAUAAAAAGCGGAUGACGGCGGAGGCACACCGGCGCGUGGUGGUGGAGUACCUGCGGGCUGUUAUGCAGAAGCGCAUCUCCUUCCGCAGCCCUGAAGAGCGCAAGGAGGGCGCUGAGAGGAUGGUCCGGGAGGCCGAGCAGCUGCGCUUCCUGUUCCGCAAGCUGGCAUCUGGAUUUGGCGAAGAUGCAGACGGGUACUGUGAUACGAUCAUCGCUGUUGCAGAAGUGAUUAAGCUGACAGACCCAUCCCUGCUCUACCUGGAAGUCUCGACUCUGGUCAGCAAAUACCCAGACAUCAGGGAUGACCACAUCGGCGCGCUGCUGGCCUUGCGAGGGGAUGCCAGCCGGGACAUGAAGCAGACCAUCAUUGAGACACUGGAGCAGGGCAACACACAGGUGAAUCCAAACUAUGUGCCCAUCUUCAGGGAAAUCAUAGUUCCCAGUCUGAACGUGGCCAAGCUCCUCAAGUAGCCUUUCAGUUUCUGUCUGACCUGUGGUUAGGGCACAUCUUCAUCUCACGAUCUUCAUCCCAUGUGUGACAUCCAGUAUGACUCAUGUUGCCGAGAGCAGGCUGCCUGACCGACAGGUGCUCUGGUGGCGCGUUCUAACCCUCUUAUCUUGUGGUGGCCCAGCUUGUGGGCAGGAUCCUGGCUGACUUCUGGUUCACCUCUCGUCUCACUCCCUCCUGUAGUGUCAGCACUUCCGAUGCUGCUGUUCAAUAAAAGUAAACGCUGUGGGGAAUGAGUUUCCCAGCUGUUUCUUACUAGUGGUGACCACAGGGGCCCAGACACAGCAUCUGAAGGCAUCCCCAUCUCCCUGCCACCCUCACCCGCCAGGACAGGUCCCACUGGUCUCUUGUGGCCUGCUGCUCCACACCCACACAGGCAGCCCUCCGUGGUUUAGAUUUAUGGGCCUUGCGUAUUCCUGACUCAGGGUCCCUGAGACCUUUUUUCUGUUAUUCAGCUGUCUCUCCAUGGCUGCCUUCAGUGGUAGCUUUGUUUUACACAUUAAUCUUCAUACCAGGUUCAUGGAAGGGUCCAUCCAGGAUACAUGGUGAGCCCCUGUGUGUGCCUCCCCAAACUUUCUUCACCCUCCAUCCCAGUGAGCGAGAUUUCUUAGAUGAGUGGUGCCUGGCACAGCUGCACAGUGCUGACUAAGACAGGAAGGAGAGGAGUUUGCCCGUUCCUCUGUCGCAGGCCCCUUCCACCCUUGAUUCAGGCUCCCAGGGACUGGCCAGUUCAGGCUGGAGGGUCGUCCCUCAGGAAGACGUCUGUGCUGCUCCCUCCCUUCAGCACUGCUUGUGCACAGUGUCGGGCUGCUCGGAACCUCUGAGUGUGUCCCGAUAGGCUGGUUUCCUCCUAAGACAUGUUCCGGUUGGCAAAGUUUAUAUUGCGCUUUCACCCUCACGAGACAUGAAAAAUUCACAAAUAGGACUUUUUCUUGAAAGAAUCAAAACUGAAGUAGAAUUGACAUGUCGCUAACCAGUCAUGAGUGAACUCGGGUCUUUUUCUCAAGGCUAGCUCUGGUUUUAGCCCCAGGCCCCUCCCCUCCCCACUUGAUGUUUCAGGUGCUUCGUUCUCCCACUUAGGCUGGAUGGGCACUGCUCCCAUCCUUCCUGGGCCUGUCCUCUCUGUGCUGUGACGGGUCUAAGGGAGUGAGUGGUAGUGUUCACCUGUCUCUCCUGGGGAAAAACCAGUUUCCAGGGCCCAGGCUGUGCCCACAGCGGUGUGUCCAAUGCUGGUACCAGCCAGAAGUGCCCUCCCUCCCUCCCUCCCUCAUGUGCACACAGAUCAACGUUAACUCCAGUGCCAGAGCAAUGUCUGCCUUCAGGAGUUGCUCCUUAUGUUCUCUUUGAUGUGAUUUCUCGUUGAUAACAUUUGCACCAAAAAAAUGCCUUGAAAUCU